ACAAAAUACCAUCCAGACAAACAUUUUCUUGGUUGCUACUGAGGCCUUAGGAUUAUUUUUUCCUACCACUAACUUGCCUCACAGCUUUUGAAAAUUUAUUUCAUUCCAUUUUCUCCAUCAGGUUGCAGUUGAAAAACUAUUAAAAAUAGUACAACUCGUUACUAAGUCUGAAGACUGUGCACAGAAUUCAUAUGUUGUGCAGGAAGAUGAGGGAGAGGGACAGCAGCCCAUGUGACAGAAUAGAAGAAGGUAGAAGAACUGCAAAGCUUGAAUCCAGUGCACUAUUUCAGCAUAGCUCCCAGCUUUAUCAUGCUUCCACUGACACUUUCUGGAAGCACAUUCUGCCUCACCUCCUUGACAUCACUCAUACUGGCCCACCUGGAAUCAGCUGCACUCAAACUAUCCAGGAAAUACAUCAGCCCGUGAAAGUGACUUCAAGGCCACAAAGACUGCAUUAGAACAGUAAAAGUACAUCAGGGCCUAACCUUACAAUGGUUAUCCAUCUAUUACUUACGAUGAAGUUGCUUGCAAGAAGAAUACUGAGGAGAAAAAAAAGACACAAAACAAGAACAGAAAUGAACUGAUUACCUGUCAACCAUACAGAAUAAAACAAUGUCUGACUGCACAUGCUAGUGUAUUAGAAUGGUUAAAUAACAAGUUAUUCAUCCAAAGUUCUAUUCUGGUGCUCUUUAUUUUCUGUUGUUAUUUUCACUUACAGAAUUAAAAGCCGAUACUUCAGGAAGCUCUACAACAGCAGAAUACAUUUUAAUAAGAGAAUAACUGAGUAGUUACAUAUUUGUUAAUAAUUUUUGUCUCCUCACAGAAGUCCAGGAGACAUUUCCAGUUAAUCAUCUUUGUAAUAACAUUACAGUAAUAUAAUUAGCCACACAACAGGAAUAACUGUAACGGGAGGGCCAUCCCAUGUCCCCAUGGGAAACGUGGGGUGAACCUGCAGCUCACAGCACACCUUGCUUUGCCCGCAGUCCACCCCUACCCGGCACUGCCGCAGCGGGGCUGUUUCACCGGGGCAGCACCCGGGCAGGCGUCAGCUCUACUGCUGGGGCACAAUGCAGAAGGAAAAAGGACAACCGUCUACUGCCUCAGUUUCACUGGAGCAUCAAGCAGGAGCAGCCGGUAAAGCAUGUGACUCGAACACAUGCAAGAAAGAAGACAGCACUUCUCCAUGAACCCGUUAACAUUAAUUCUCCUUUCAAGUAUCUAUAUAUCGAUACGACGGCAGGCAGAGAGCCUGCACCCAAACUGCUCCGACUUGAGAGCCGGCGGCAGGAAUUCCUUCUCCUUUUACUCACCCCGUCAGCUCAAGACAUCACGGCUCAAGCACAAGCGGCCUCAGCCGCUCGAGGACUCAUUCCACCUUUUCACCGGCGUUUAAGAGCCUUAGCAUUUGUUUGGAAGCAUUACGACUUCAAGCAGCGAGUCGACGACGAGUCUACGAGUGCCGUACCUUAUCCCGCAGCCACCGCCGCUAGCAGCGCACCCCCGGAACCCGCCGCCCGCACCCCUUGAGGGGCUCCGAGAGCCAAAGAAAGGGC